AUGCAAGGCCCCGCCCACCUCCGAUUUCUAAACCACCGCAGCGACGUUCUGGUACGUCUGUCGUGUGCCAUGGCAGUCGCAUUAGCGGAUUCCGGAGUAACAGCAGCAGCAGUAUUUGUAGUUGCCCAUGCAGAUGAGAUGACCAAGAUCAAAGCCUUGUUCAGCGAAAUUGUUCGGCUUGGUGUGGCGCGAUCCCAAGACAUGGCGUUGUUGUGCAACAACGAUACUCCAUGCACUGAAGCGGCUCGCUUCGGUUUGGAAUGCCAAUUUCGAGAAGAGUGGAGAACGUCUCGCGAGGACGAGACUUUCAACCAAUUGCAACAGCUUCUCUGUGAAAUCGAGCCUCAAGACCACCACGACUUGCACAAUCAUUUUCGGUUGGCCAUGGAGACCAUUGUAGCUACAGUUGGCGUGACCGACCCGAAACCUCAUCGCUUCGGGUCGAAGCAGCAGCACCUUUACCGAGCCGUCCAUUUGGACAAUGCGUUGCGGCAGAUGGAAGGUUGUGACGCGUCACCGUUGGAUAUUUGUCGAGAAAUGGUUCGCAGCUCCCGCCACCAAUUUCAACAACUUUUGGCUGGAGCCGACUCUCUUGCUGCUGCGGAGCCUGCGCCAGAAACAUCAUGUAACCAGGCACUCGACGGAUCAUCUUCAGCGGGCCACUUGCGUAUGCUGUAUGAAAAUGUUGCGGCCGCGAAACCUGUCAACCUGUCCAAUGCGCCACCAUCGAAAGAGUUCACGCGACUCCUUGAAGCACAGCGCUGGGCAGAGCUGUCAAAAGCAAAUGAGGAACUCGCGCAGAGGCACAAAUACCACCUCGUGGCGCGACGCAUUCAGCGACGGUUCCGCCUGCACCGAACGUCCGUGAGAGAGCAGGAACGAGUGAUCAAUAUCCGCCUUCGGCUUGAAAUUGAAGCGGCCAGCCGCAUCCAACGACAAUGCCGCCGAUGGAUGAAAUGGAGACGAUUCAAAUCCAGCCGCCUCGUCUUUUUCCGUCGAAAAAACUUGGCAAUCCGCAUCUCGACGUGGUUGGUGUUUCGAUAUCGCUUCCGCAAGUGCUGCCGGCGAUUUCGAGACGACUGGAUACCCCGCGACUUCUCGAUGGAAACAACCGAUGCGAUGUCGAGAGCUGCGAUCAAAGCACCAUUCGAAGGCAUCAGGCAACACGUCGAGUACAUCAAGAUUGGCAAUUUCACUUGCUGCGGCGACGGCGACAACUGCGAGCGCAUUGGCAUGACAGCCAAGCGCUCCACCAGGUACUCCACGUGUUGUCCUUACGAGCUGGUCGAGUGGCAUCGCAUGUUGACGUUGGAGAAAGAGCAAACGCAAGCCGCCAUCGUUGCAGAGCACAAAGCUUUCACAGUGGAAUGGGAGAAAUACAGCGCCGAGCUCACAAAGCAGUGUCUGAAAGCCAAGUUGUUUGCCGAGUGGGUUCCCCAGCUCGACAACCACAGCGGCAACACGUACUAUCUCAACGUACAUCGCCAACUCGCGCUGAAGCUCCUGGCCAAGCAGCGACGCCGCGCCGAGUCCCAGUUCCAAGAGCGCCUACGCCGUCUCGAAGGUCAUUUUGACCACAUCACAACUGCUCAAACGACACACCAAGCCGAAAUCGAGCGCGCGAUAUGCCUGCAGUGGGGAUGGGGCACGUCGUGA